AUGGAUGAGGCUCGUUGGUUGGAGGACGGUUUUCAACAAGUUGAUAACGGAGGAGUUGAUCCUGAAGUGGUGCAAGGAGUUGAAGAUGAAGGGGAGGUUCUGGGUUCGAUAUUAGAAGAAGAGAAAGUGGAGAGUAUGGUGCACAAGAGUAAAGAAAAAGAUUGCUAUUCUGAUCCAGUGAGGAGUGGUCAGCAGAGGAAAAGUGCUAGAAUCAGAAGUUCUAAAAGGAGAUGCCAGCUUUGGCAAGAAUUGUGUGGCUUUCCAAGUGCUUUUGAAGCUUGGGUGGUUGCGGGUGAUUUUAAUGUGAUACGUUCAGAUGCAGAAAGAAGAGGUGGUCGUCCGAGGUCAGCAAUGGCAAUGGAGGAGUUUAAUCAAUUCAUUAAUCUUGGUGGGUUGAAGGAGAUGUCUUUCAUGGGUGGCCCUUUUUCUUGGUGCAAUGGUCAUGCCAUGUUAACUAGAUGUUGGGCGAGAUUGGAUAGGAUUUUGAUGGAUAAUAUAUGUGCUAUGAAUUAUCCUUCUUCUUGCAUGGAAUACCUUUCAUGCUCCUCGUUGGAUCACGCACCAAUGGUAAUGUGCCUUGAGAAACCUUCGGCGCAUUAUGGCCCUUCUCCGUUCAGAUUCCAGGAAAUGUGGACGAGGCAUGAUGAUUUCUUAAAUUGUGUCAAAAUGGUAUGGGAGGAAGAGGCGAUUGGGAUCGGGAUGUGGAAGUUGGUGAGGGGAUCCAAGGAGGAUGAAAUGGCCUUUUUGGCAGCCAAGCUUGAGUUGGAUGAGUGGAUGCGUAGAGAGGAAAUGAGGUUGUCUCAAAUAGCGAAGCAACGGUGGGCUGAGGUAGGGGAUGUUAAUGCACAAUUGUUUCGAAGCUUGGAUAAAAAAGGUAGUAAUUUGGUCCGAGAAAUGACUUUGGAAGAUGGACGUCGACUUAGUUCUCCGGAAGCAGUACAUGAAGAAGCUGUUAGAUAUUUCUCUUGUUUUAUGGAGGCUAGAAAUAGUAGCUCAUAUCCGGAUUUGUCGCUGUGGGUACAUAAAGAAAUCUCAGAUUCUGAACAUAGAAGGUUGUACGAGCUCUCCUCAAUCCAAGAUAUUAAGGAAACCAUGUUUUCUAUUCCGAUAGACAGUUCACCAGGUUCAGAUGGUUUCACUUCGGGAUUUUAUAAAAGUUGCUGGGGGAUUGUGGAAAAGGAUGUGGUGGAAACAGUGUGGGAUUUUUUUAGAGGUUGUGAGCUACCUAGGUUCUAUUCCUCAUCAUAUGUAGUUCUUAUCCCGAAGGUGCCGAAUCCUACAAGUUUUGAGAAGUUCAAGCCAAUUAGCCUUUGUUCUAUGGUGUAUAAAGUAUGCUCUAAAUUGAUGGUGUGA